AUGCUUCACACUCUCGUCUUCCUCCUUGCAACUGCAGGAUCGCUUGCUCUCGGACAUCCAAACGGGCCACCAGGGCCUCCAAAGGGACUACCAAAACCUGCUUCCAAAGUUGUUGUAUUUGGAGACUCUUUCAGUGACGCCGCGCUGUGGCCUGGUUGGCGCGGUAUUCACAUCUGGCCAGAUAUUCUCGGUGGCUACCUCAAGAUCCCCAUCAACGUUUAUGCCAAGGCUGGUGCUACAUGCUCUAAUAGUCUGACACCACGAACAUGGCCAGACGUGAUUCAUGACGAGAUCCCCCUCUUCACGACUCAAAAGAAGAAUGGUACGCUCGGUCAUCUCGACCCUGCGUCAACCGUAUAUACGAUGUGGAUUGGGACAAAUGAUGUCGGAGCGGGAUGUCUCCUCACUGGCAAUCAAGCUCCAGGUGUCACACUCGUUGAUGUAACCGCAUGCGCCGUAAAGUCCAUCAAAACUCUGUAUGAUGGAGGAGCGCGUAACUUUAUCUUCCAAAAUAUGGUACCUCUUCAAAAGAGCCCAAUGUACAAAAAGGACGCUUAUACCACCACCUAUUGGACGGAGCCAGUAGCGAACAUGACUGAGAUGAGCAUCUUCAUGGAAACAGAAGUGACGAGUGGAAAUGCGCUCUCGAAGUUGAUGCUGCAAGAUCUUGCACCACAAUUGACCGGUGCCCAUGUAGGUAUCUUUGAUUCAUAUAGUUUAUUCGACGAUAUCAUCACGCACCCUGCCAACUAUUUGAACGGAACUGUUCCCUACAAUACAACCGGUGCAGUUUUGGCGUGCCCAUACGCCGUUCAUGGUAUCCAAGCGCUCUACUGCACAGAAGCCAAGGGGAGCGCUGUUGAUAGCUUUGUUUGGUAUGACGAGCUUCAUCCGUCGGUCCAGGUCCAUCGUAUUGUCGCAAGGGAGUUGGCGACCGUUCUCAAGGGCAAAGCGAGCAAAUGGAUGAACUGGCUUUCGUAG